AUGAAAAAAGAUGGAUUAUUUCCAGAACAAUUUUCUAUAGAUGUUCUUUCAAAUAGUGUAUUACCAAUUUUAAAUAAUGUUUAUCAACGAAUCAUAGCACUUACACCAUUAUGUUAUACAACUGAUGAAAUUCUAUCACCAAAUCAUCGUGGGAGAUGGAUAAUUCUUACUGAAAAAGCAAUAAAAUAUUUAAGUCAAAGUAUUUUAGCUUUUUGUAAAGAAUUUUAUUCAAAUGGAACAAAAAGUGGAUUAAAUAUUGCAUUAUAUAGACUUAAUUAUGUAAUGUAUUUAUUUUCAAUUGAAGAACCAUUUGCUAAGAUUACCUUAAACCAAAUAAAAAUUCCAGAAAAUGAUCCGGAAAAUCAAUUUAACUUUAAGAAAUAUGACAAAACGAUAGAAUGUCUUUCUAAAGCUGUUGCUCAUUGUUUAACAAAAGAUAAAAAGAAAAUAUUUAAAGCAACAGAAUUUUUCAAGAAGAUAGAAACAGAUGUUUUUACUAGAAUUCCUAAAAAGAAAACAGAUAAAAAACCAUUAUCAGUAACAAAUUCAUAUAUUAAAGAAUUAUUUAAUUUUAGAGGGUUAUUAAAAGCACAAUUAGAUAUGGCAUAUAGAGAUAAUUCUAAUGAAGAGCAAGGAGUGAAUUAUCAAAAUGUUCUUAUUGAAGGUUAUGCUAUUACUUUUCCAUUUAAAAAUAAGAAAAUGAUUGCAGCAGAUGUAAUGAGUGAAUUUUUAUUUGCUCUUUUUGAUUGUCAAACUGAUGAAAGAUAUAAAUCAUAUCCAAAAGAUCCAUGUGAGAUAGAACAAACAAUAAUGAAUUUAAUAUUCUUCUGGUAUGUUAAUUAUAAUGAAGAUUUUCAUACACCAUAUUGUGAUACAAUAUUAAAAUUUAUGAAUACAUAUUGUUCAUUAGUUUUUGACUCUGAAUGUAUUAAUGUUGCAGUAGCAGAUAGAAAAAUUGAAAUGCAAAAGAAAGGAGUUCAAAUUAAAGUUCAAAGUAAGAAAAUUAGAUUAUGCUAUAUUAAUGAGAAUAUUGUUGCUGAUAUUAUGACUGAAUUAGAUGCUCACUUAUAUUUUCUUAUUCCAAUUUCUAUUUAUCUUGGUAAUUUAACUUCAGACAUUUCAUCAGAAACAAAAGGUAUUGAUUCAAAAUAUGUCCGAUUUACUCAUGACAUUGCAUCUCGUGCAGAUAAAUAUUCUGCAUUUGUAAAAAGAAUGAUUGGAAUUGAUAUUAAUGAUUCUUAUCAAUUCUUUAUUUCAUUAUGUACUUCUCUAGUUUAUAGAUGUCAUAAUUAUUUUGCAUCUUAUAUCAUCUUUUCUACAUUACAAAAAGUAUUAGAUGAAAUAAACACAAGAAAAGAACGUGGAUUUAAUCUCAAUUCACUUGAAAAGAAUGUCAUUGAACAAUACAAUGAUCUUAAAUCUAUUUUCCCAAAUACUUCUAAUCCAGGAAAUUUAGAAAAUUAUCAAAUAACAACCAAAUUAGCACAACCAUUUAUUUGUCAUCCUGAUAUAUUAAAAUCAGUUGGAAAUAAAUUAAUGAGUAAUGCAACAAAAUUAUCAUUAAAAAAUGAAGUGUCUCCAGAAAUUGCUAAUGAACUUAAUACGUUUGUAAAAAAUUAUGAAGAAAGUGAAAUUUAUUAUUUACAAAAACCAAAAGUAAGAGCUGAAAGUUUAAGACCUGUGUUAGGAUUUGAUUUAUUAGAAUAUUUAAGUAAAUUACCAAUAGAUGAAUCAGAAGAAAAAACAUUAGCACACUUCGAUAGACCAACUAAAAUUGUUAUUAAACGAACAACUAAAGAAGAUCGUAUUAAACGACGUAAAGCCUUAGCAAAGAAAAGAAUGAGUAGAAGAAAAGAAAAAGCUCAACAAUCUAAUUAAGAAUGUAACUGGACUUUUUUAUGUGAAAAUUAUCUUAAAUGCUUUCUUGAAGAAUUUAAAUG